GCAAAAGGUGGGCGGGGCCGGUCGGCGCAUGCGCUGUUCGCGACGCCUGCCGUCGGAGCCUUGCCCGGGGAGAAGCAUGGGAGGCUCCUGGAUGCAGCCCCCAGCCUGGAGCCCAGAAUGAGAGAGUGGUGGAUUCAAGUUGGGCUGCUGACCGUACCACUCAUUGCUGUGUAUCUACACAUCCCACCCCCUAAGUUGUCAUCAGCUCUGCACUCAUGGAGGGCAUCAGGAAGUUACUACGCUUACAAAAACCAGAACAUCUUUUACAGAGAUUCCUUGGGCGCUGUUGGCAGUUCAGAUGUUGUGGUCCUUUUGCACGGCUUCCCGACAUCCAGUUAUGACUGGUACAAGAUAUGGGAAGGGCUGACGCAGCGCUUCCAUCGGGUGGUUGCGUUAGAUUUCGUUGGAUUUGGCUUCAGCGACAAACCUAGACCCCAUCAAUAUUCCAUCUUCGAGCAAGCCAACAUUGUGGAAGGGUUGUUGGAUCACUUGGGCCUCCUGAACCAACGGGUCAACCUUCUGUCUCAUGACUAUGGGGACACAGUUGCCCAGGAGUUACUCUACAGGUAUGAGCACAAUACAACAGGAUGUGUUCUCAUCAACAGUCUGUGCCUGUCCAACGGAGGUAUUUUCCCGGAAACUCAUCACCCCCAACUGAUCCAGAAGCCUUUUGGAGUACAUCAACCAACGGAAGAAGCACCGGGACCGAUGGGUUGGCGCUCUGAAGUCCACUUCUGUUCCCUUGCAUCUGAUCUAUGGGCCGCUGGACCCCGUGAAUCCACACCCAGAAUUUCUCCAGCUCUACAGGCAAGUGCUUCCAAUGUCCACCGUGUCUGUGCUGGACGACCACAUCAGCCACUACCCCCAACUAGAGGACCCCCAGGGGUUCUUGAACGCCUACCUGAACUUCAUCAACUCCUUCUGAGCUGCAGGGAGGACCGAGGGGCCCCCCAGCACAUCUGGCGAGACCUCGGCGUUGAGACGCCGGCCAGUUCGGCCCCUGGAUGAUGCUGGGGACACGUCUGGGCCCUUCAAACCAGCGGGCGGUUGCUGCUCCUCUCGUCACCUUCUGGGGGUGGGGGCUCCUUUCAAGGAACGCUGCGCUCAGGCAGAUCCUCGUCUUCCUUAUCCAUGGGGGUCCUGUCUCCAUCCCUCUCCUCCUUGGGAAGCUGGGCUGAAAAGGACAGGGGGGCCUCCCUGUGGGCACGUCUUCCUGUGGGUCAAAAUGAGGCUCUGGAGGGGUGCUGCUCCCCUUUGGUCUAGGCUUAGGGGGCAAAUUGGCCCCACAGAUCGGCCCAGGACUUGCCUCUCUCUGGUGGCCGGAGCGUCUCCUUUUCCUCUUUUGCUUCUAGACUGCCGUGGAGCUGAGAUUUGGGGGGG